GAGCAAGCCUCGGAUUGAGCAGUGGCCGUGCAAUUGAGGGUGCAUAGGGAGGUCAGAAUAGCCUCGUACUGUAUGUACAUAGUGCAAUCGAGUGUUUACCAAACAAUGACUGACUCCUUUGACCUAUAGUAUGCUUUUUGGAGAUUAUCGACGAGAACGGGAGGCUUGAUGGACCUGAUCCGUCAAGCAUCAGAUGUAACGUCCGAGGCAACCUUCGCGACGCCCCGGUGGGGGCUGCAGGGCACAUCUAUCCUAUUGACUGUAAUGAGGCAUUUAAUUAGACGGGAAGUGGCCGGAGCGAAUACGAGAAGCCCUGACUCGGAAAAGAGCCGAUCCUUCUCCAAGGGCUGACAACUAUACUUAAGAAAGAGACAAGACGGACAAUGUGGUUCAGCAGAUACAAAUCCUUCUUUUAUUCUCUAUAUUCCAAUCCAUCGUAGCCCGGUAUAGACUGCAAAAUGACUGACACACAAAUUGUAGCGGACUGGUACAACCGAAAUGCGGCACUUGAACACGAUCGGUUGAAUAAUUGUCGCCUCGAAUUCUCAAUCUCGCUGAAAGCGAUCCAUCAGUGUGUGGAGCUACUGGGAGAGCAACGACCGUUGAGGAUUCUCGAUGUAGGGGGAGGAACAGGUCGAUAUGCAGUCGAACUGGCACGGAGAGGCCAUUCGGUCACUCUCACCGACAUCUCCGAGUCGGAGCUUAAUCUGGCCAAGUCCCUCGCCACAGAAUUUGGUGUAACGCUCGAGGCGAUCGUCACAGCCGAUGCACGAAGCAUUCAAGUGGGCUCCAAGGAGGACAACCCUCAGAGCAUCUUCAUCACAUCCGCCUACGAUUUGAUUCUCUGCCAGGGCCCAAUGUACCACCUCCUCGAAGAAUCUGAACGUUUACACGUCCUAUGUGCUUGUGCCUCCAUGCUCCGUCCCGGCGGUAUCCUAGCGGUCGCGUUUGUCACUCGAUACGCGCAUUUGAGGGAUAUCGCACAGCGAGAGCCGGCUCGUCUCGCGGAGGAGUUCGACAGUUUCUAUCGAGAGUACCUCUCUUCGGGAAAAUACACGCGGAAUCCAACCAUGACUUCGCACCAUACCAGUGCCGAGGGGAUCAGGGGUUUGUUUCACAAGGCAGAUGGGCAGCUGAGGACGCGGGAAAACGUCGGGCUUGCUCUUACUCGAAUUCUGGCGUGUGAAGGGUUUCUCGGGGGAGGACUGGCUGGGAGGCUGGGGGAUCUAUCGCCGGGCUCGUAUGAGCGAUGGGUGGAUGUCGUUAUGCAGUUUGCUGAGGACGAAGGGCUACUAGGUAACGCGGAUCAUUUGUUGGCUAUCGCGGAAAGGAAAUAAUGGCUUUGGUCUUCUCUUCGACGACAUUCAUAGGACUUGUUAUUGUGAUUGAGAUUCUCGCAUCAGCUUGCCCUAUCCUCCGCCCCUUUCGCGUUAACCAAGGACGGACCACGGUAGAUGUGCCACUUUGACUUCGGAAAGAUAACCUCAAAGAUAGCAAUCCACCACAACCCGUACAGGGCGUCCCCAUGGUCGUAUUUCUUGAUAGCGAAUACUCGAGGUCUUUCCUGUGGCAACCGUGGCAGUCGCGAUAUCAAGGGGGGUGAGGGAGUCCUGCACUGAACCACACUUUAACCAUAUUAGGGGCGUAAUUCCAGCAGAUAGCGCAGAAUUAAGCCAUGUUAUGGAGUACUGCUGCAUGGAAUCUAGACUAGAUAGAGAUAUAGGUCGAUAGGGCACGCGGAACAAACCGUUUCUUAAUGAAGGGACGACACGGGUCCAGUGCAUCCAGACCAACGGUUCGGAACAGGAUUCUUUUGCCGGAUUUGGAGAGAAGCGAUACCAGCCUAUCAGAGAUCGUCUAUUCAAGGGAUUUCUACCCCAGAUAACGCGAGAUAGGUCGGCA